CAUACCUGAAUCUACUGAAAUAACUGUGUAUUCCUGCCUAUAUAAAGUAAUAGUGAACUGUGCAGUGAGCUGAGCCAUCCAGUCUGAACCAGCUCCUCAGUUCAAUCUGCCUAAUAUCAGAAGUCACUACAAAGCUCAGCUCUGGCAGAUUUGUAACAAGACACCAAAACUACAGCACUUGUCAUUAUGUCUGACAGAGAUCCCACAGAGUCACCUGCAUUUAACCAAGAUAAAGCAGACUCUUUACUUUAUUCUGCUCGUCCCGCUAGAGGCCCUCAUCCAUCCCUGAAGGCAAGAGAGGUUUAUGAAGCAAGUAAGGAAGAAACAUCUAGUAACCUGACUGCAUUAUGGCAUAAGACUUUAAGUUGUAUAAAAACCGCUAAUGAAACUAGCAACAAUCCUGAGCAAUUGAACACUGCUCUCUCAAGGGUUAAGAAGGCAUUUGAGAAUUAUAAAAGACUUUCUGAAAAGUUCUAUUCCCUAUUGUCACAUUACAGCAUAGAGGAAGCCGCAGUGGAAUUAAAGGACUUUACUUCUACUGACCAGCAGAGGCAUAGCACAUAUCUUGAAGCAAAGGCACAGAUAGAAGCUAGAUUAGCACAGCUACAUGAAACUACAUCCUGUAAAUCUGCUUCUUCCAGACACUCAGGAAAAUCUUCUAGAUCUGCCCGCUCCUAUCAUAAAUCCUCUUCUAAGUCACUGCGGUCCUGCUCUGUAAGGUCAACACUGAGCGACCAAAUAGUCAAAGCUCGCCAGAAGGUCGCAGCAGCCCAGGUUCAAGCCGCCUGCUCUGAAAGAGAAGCAGCCAUCAAAGCAGAAGCUAAACGCAUUCAAGCAGAAACAGAGGCUCAGCUAGAAAUCCUUCAGAAGAGUAAAGAAAAGGAAGUAGCAUUGGUGGAAUUAUCCGUCUUGGAACAAGCCCUAUUGGAAGAAGAAGGAGCAGCUUGUCCCAGCUUGGCUGCUUGUCAAGACCCCAUUGAAAGGACCCUACAGUUCGUCUUAAGCCAGAACCACAACAUCACAGUCCCACCUACAGUUGGAGAUUUUUCUCAUAAUCAUCCAGCAUGUGGACCAGAAGGCAACGUGUCACAAAAUCAAGCUGGUCAACUAGACACACCUGCUAACAGAGACACUCCGCAACUACCGCAUGUCACAAAAUCAAGUGAGUCAACCUACGCGGCUCACGUGCCACCGCAACCCUAUGCGAAUAGAGAUUACAAGGGUACAGCAAAAGACUACAGGAUGAACUCUAUGACCCCUGUGAUACAGUUCUCUUCAACUUCAAAUGCUCAGAGACCUUCAGACGUCAGACCCUUACCUAGAUUGAACCCAUCUGCAACACCUUUCGCUCCACCAACCAGCCAACUUCAGAUACCAACCAUGGCUCAAGUCAGCGCACCAUCAGUGUCCCCGGUGGCUAUAAAAACUGAAAGCAUCGACGCUACGGAGCUCACCAAGAGUAUGGCUUUACAAGAAUUGAUCACAACUGGACUGUAUAAAUUUGAUGACCGCCCAGAGAACUACAGGAGUUGGAGAUCUACAUUUAAGGCGGUAAUCAAGAGCUUGCCCGUUGAACCUCAAGCAGAACUCGAUUUACUAAUAAGAGUUCGUGCGGAAGGUUGCAAAAUCCAAGAAUGACCCAAGCUUCUUCUAUCCAGAUACAACCACCACUUCUUCAACCACCUCAAGG